GCCCCCCCCCCAAGUCCUCUCUUCUUAUAAGGACAUGGGUUUUAUGGGACCAGGGCCCAUUCCUAGCGACCUCAUUUUGACUUAAUUGCCUCGUUAAGAGCCCUGUCUUGAAAUACAGUCACCUGAGGUCUUGUGGUUGGGACUUGAAGGUAUGAAUUUGGAGGGGACACCGUUUAGCCCAUAACAACAGUUACAUGUACACAGACUUACGUUGGAGAUACUGCAGGUUUGGUUCCGGACCACCGACAAUAAAGCGAGUCGCGUGCAUUGUCAGGUUUCCCAGGGUGCGUAAAAGUUAUGCUUACACUGACCUGGAGUCCGUUAGGUGUGCGGUAGCAUGAUGUCUAAAAAUAUCGUGUACGUGCCUUAAUUUAAAAAUACCUUAUUGCUAAUAAAUGCAAACCGUCAUCUGAGCUUUCCGCAAGGCAUCAUCACCGACCACAGAUCUCCGUAACAACCACAGUAAUGACGAGCUCGUGAGAUCGCCGUGGCACAGAGACGUGAAGUGAGCAAACGCCGUGGGAGGAAUGGCCCCGCAGACUUGCUGGAUGCGGGGUUGUCCCAGACCUUCGAUACCAAACAACGCAUUAUGUGUAGUGUUUGCUGGAAGCAAGUCACCGAGUCAACCCACAUGGAAAGCAGGGGUCUGGGGAGGCGGAGCUCCACCUCCUGGACGAGAAACAUGGAAGGAUUUACAGAUGUGCUAAAACCAGGGUGCUAAUUAACAUAUUCUGGAGGCAUGACCAAUGUCCCGCCUCUCCUUGGAAUCUCCCCAGUAAUGAAGUGUGUGCAUCGGUGGGUCUUGUCUGCAGGGAUGGUUACUGGGGUGUUCCUGUGGUGAUGGUCCGUUAAUGGGGGGCGGGGGGUAGUGAUUUUUUUGAAGUUUUCAUCCAGGAAUCCAGAUCAAGCCCAUCACAAGUGUCCAUUCAUUCCUCGUGAGUCUGCGUGAGAGUUUAGAGUUUACACAUGGAUGACACACCCAGAGGGGGCAGGUGGCUCACCUGUGGUGAGUGGGGACAGAGUGGGGACUGCUUCAGGAUGCCGUCACUGAGGGCCAGAGCCAGACACUCGUUAGCGUGCUGGAAACAGAGUCUGCUCAGGCCCUGUGGCAGGGGGGAGAGACCUCCCGGUGGACCUGGGCUCCAUCCCUGAUGCAGCGUGGACAAGCCGGGGUAUGUGGCAAGGGAGCAGGAGGGGGUCAGCGGACAGGCACUUGCCAAGAGGACACAUCAGGGGGGCUCUGGCUAAACAGAGCUGAUGGGGCUGCUGCUGCAGGCAGGCUGGGUGAUCCCCACGCCACGUGGCUGUGGGAUGGGGGGACCGGUCAGCUCUCCAGGGGAUCAGACACAGGGCAGGGGCUCUUGCUAAAACUGGGUAAUGCAGAACUAAACUCAGAAGCUCAGAGGUCAAGGCCUGGUUGAAAGGAUGGUUCAGAGUGGCCCAACUAAAGUUGGGUCAGGGAGCGAGUCCAGGGAGCCAGCUGGGCUGUGGGAAGGCAGACGUGAAUCUGAGACACGCCCAGGGUGGGGGCGCCUGUGGGCUCUGAACUGAGCCUUCCAGAGUUUGAGCCUGGGUGGUCCUACUAGGUUGAAUGGUGUUCCCCGCAAAAUUCACGUCCACCCGGCACCUUAGAAUGUGAGCUUAUUUGGAAAUAGGAUCUUUGCAGAUGGUGUUAGUGAAGGCAAGGUCAUAUUGGAGUAGGCGGGCCUAACCCAACGACUUGGUGUCCUCAUAAGAAGAGAGACACAGAUUCGGGAGACAGCCACGUGACCAUGGAGGCAGAGACUGGAGGGACGUGGCCACAAGCCCAGGGCCAGCUGGAGUGCCCAGAACCUGGAAGAGGCAGGAAGGACCCUCUUCUGAAGCCGCUGGAGGGGGCGCAGCCCUGAGACCUUGAUCUGACUUCUGACCUCCAGGAUGUGAGAGACUCUGCCUGCCUUGGAAACUGCUCCUAAGAGAAGAGAAUGGCUGCUGGCUACCUGCCCCCAUGGCCCCAGGAGUUGGUGACCUUGGAGGAUGUGGCCGUGGACUUCUCCCGGGAGGAGUGGGCGAUGCUGGAUUCUGCGCAGAGGAGGCUCUACAGAGAGGUGAUGCUGGACACCUGGGCGAACCUGGCCGCCCUGGGAGCCUUGAAGAACCAAAGUUCUGAUACAGGCAUUGACGAUGGCACACUUUCCCCAAUGCAAACCUCUCGGGCCACCAGUCCUUCCCCAUGGGUGGGAUGUCCACUCUUUCUACCAGUGGUGCCUUCCCACUUGGAGCCAGGAGAAGCCAUGUGGAUGGGGCCACAAGGAACUCCCCAAACCUCCUGUUCAGAUUUAGAGACUAGUCUGAAAAGCCAAGAGUCAAUUUAUAAGAAGGUGGUUUUGGAGGAAGAACCAGCCAGUGGUAUGAAUAUCAUAAAGCUCUCCAGAGAAGACUGGGCAUGUGGUCAGCUGGAGGAGAACCAUGAAGACUCCCACAGGCUUUUGAGGCAAAUGGCAUAUACCCAAGCAGAGGCAUUUGCUCCAAAGGAGUCCACUGCCUGGCAUGAGUUUGGGGAAACCUGUAGUAUGAACUCAGACCUUGCUUUAUCACAAGGAGGUUUUAUAGGAAAACAUUUCCAUGACUGUGAUCUUGAUAUUGAGAGUUUGGUAGCUGAUCCAUUCUUAAAACAUCAUCAGAUGGGAUAUUCAGACCAGAGGCCCUGUGAAGGGAAUGAAUGUGGAAAAGACAUCAGCCCAAACAGUCCCUUUGUUCAACACAAAAGAACUGGAAUCUGUACGCAUGCAGAAAGUGGGGAGUCAUUUAAUCAUGGUACGGCUCUUAGGACACACACCACAAUUAAUACAGUGGGGAAACCCUAUGAAUGUUACCACUGCGGGAAAAUGUUUAAUCGGAGGCAUUCCCUGAGUGAACAUCAGAGAAUACAUACAGGAGAGAGACCAUAUGAAUGUCAGGAAUGUGGGAGAGCCUUUACGCACAGCUCAACCCUCACACGACACUUGAGAACUCAUACUGGAGAGAAGCCCUACACGUGCAGUGACUGUGGGAAAGCCUUCAACAGGAUUUCGUCUCUUACCCAGCACCGGCGGAUUCACACAGGGGAAAAGCCCUAUAAAUGCAAAGACUGUGGAAAAUCCUUCUGCCAGAGUUCUUACCUGAUCUUGCACAGGAGAACGCAUACUGGUGAGAAGCCCUAUGAAUGUAAUGAAUGUGGAAAGGCCUUCAGUGAUCGCUCCUCACUUAACCAACACGAGAGAACUCACACCGGUGAGAACCCCUAUGAAUGUAAUCAGUGUGGAAGAGCCUUCAGCCAGAGGUCUUCCCUCGUUAGGCACGAGAGAACUCACACUGGAGAGAAACCGUAUAGCUGUAAUGAAUGUGGGAAAGCAUUCAGCCAGAGCUCAUCCCUUAUCACCCAUCAGAAAACUCACACUAGUCAGAAAACCUAUAAAAUAAUUGAUUGUGGGAAAGCUUUCUAUCAGAGCAGCUACCUUAUUGGAUUUUAGAGAUUAUUGCUGCUCUGUAAAGUAACUUUUAGCACUCUACUACUUAAGUGUGGAUAGGUUUUGCCCUUGUGAUGUACUAUGUGAAAAGAAGUAGGUGUAUGCCACAUUCUUUUUUUUUUUUUAUUCUUAUGUUAAUCCCCAUACAUUACAUCAUUAGUUCUAGAUGAAGUGUUCCAUGAUUCAUUGUUUGUUGUAUGCCACAUUCUUGAAGAAAAACACUGAAGUCCAGAUCUGAGAAGGGACCUUUUUAAUGGGGAGAAUUGCCAUUGAGCUAUGCCCAAUGCCUGUCCUUUUGGAAGAGAUUAAUAAAUGUGAACACUAACAUGCAGUGGGAUUUUGCUAAGAAUUGUCACAUUAAUUUAGUUGUUGAAACAAAAAGUAUUCUGUUUCAACCUUUUGUUUGAAACUUCAGUAUUAUUGUUUCAAUAAUCGGUUUCAAUAUUUUACAUAGUCAUUCUGCCCCUGUUGGUCACUUAGCUAGGUCCUAACUUGUUUCUUGUCCUGCUAUGGCAAUGCAGAAUGUAUGCUUACACAGAAGGAGCUUUGGGUGCAAAGUGGAAAAUAAAGAGUGCAAAAUA